UCAUGUGGGCACUGGUAGCCCUCUUGCUCCUGGUUCCAAGCAGUGGACAAGCUGCUACUCUGGAGAAGCCCAUACUGUCUCUACACCCACCUUGGACUACAAUCUUCAGGGGGGAGCGAGUCACCUUACGGUGUGACGGGUACCACCCUCUGCUCCUGGAACUCCGACCCAUCAGCACUCUCUGGUAUUUGGGUCACCUGCUCCUGCCCUCUCACAAGAAGAGCAUCGAGGUGCAGACACCAGGGGUGUAUCGAUGCCAGACACGGGGAGCUCCCGUCAGUGACCCCAUCCACCUCUCUGUAUCCAAUGACUGGCUGAUCCUGCAGGUACCCUAUACUGCGGUGUUCGAGGGCGAGUCUCUGGUCAUGCGCUGUCGCGGCUGGUACGACAAGGUCGUCUACAAGCUUCACUACUACCGCGAUGGCCAGGCGGUGCGCUACUUCCACUCCAGCGCCAACUACACGGUGCCACAAGCGCGCACCAGCGAUAGCGGGCGCUACCACUGCUCCGGCACCAUGCGCAUCCCGGUGGAGAGUGCGCCCAUGUUCUCCGCCAAGGUGGCCGUGACCGUGCAAGAGCUGUUCCAGGCGCCGGUGUUGCGGAUGUUAGGCCAGGUGGAGGCCCGCAGCGCGGCCUCUGGCGGGGUGGUGGUGCACUGCGAGACGCGUCUGCACCCGCAGAAGCGCGACACGCCGCUGCAGUUCGCCUUCUACAAGUACAGUCGGGUCGUGCGCCGCUUUGAUUGGGGCGCCGAGUACACGGUCCCGGAGCCGGAGGUCGAGGAGCUGGAAUCGUACUGGUGCGAGGCGGCUACUGCGACCCGCAGCGUCCGGAAACGCAGCCCCUGGCUACAGCUCCCCGGGCGGGGUUCUCUGGACCUGGCGUUUACCACCGUGCCCGCUCCACAGGCUGCAACCUUGGCGCCCAGUAACAAGCCACUUUCCUUCAGAAAGCCUCCGGUAUUCAGAUCGGUCUCAUUUGUCACCUCCAUCCCAAACACGACUUCAUCGGGACUGCUGUUCCCCUUGGGCAGCGGCCCCCCUGCUGGACCCCCAGCCUGCGCUCCACCGACGACGUCCUUGGAACAGUCAGCUGGAGCCCUGAAACCCAAUGUGGACCUUCUGCUCCGAGAAAUGCAGCUGCUCAAAGGCCUUCUGAGCCGCGUGGUCCUGGAGUUAAAGGAGCCACAGGCCCUCCCAGAGCUAACAGGAACACCUGAGACCCCCACUCUCCACUUAUCUAUGAAGGGAGUUACACCGGAGACCACUACUGUGGAGACCUGAGG